ACCAGACGUCCGCUCCAAUCCCAACUCGACCGUCACGUCGGCGCAUCCGACAUUCCGCUCUUUCCGCACUACACCCGGCGUUCUGCACAUCCUCAAGAGCACCCGCUGAGUACCUGCCAGCAACCACCAGCAUGAUCGUGCGACGACCCCUUCUCAACGCGGCCGCAACCGCCGUGUCGGCACCCAAGAUCUGCAUCCGCAACCUGCAGCACUCAAUCCCCAUCCGCCCCGCGCCCAAGCCGACGCCCUUCAUCCCCGACCACGCCAGCUUCCUCACCGCCAUCGGCCGCGGCCUCUCCGCACACGCCGCAAAGAUUCCCUCGUGGGAAGCUCUCUUCACUCUCUCCUCGGCCCAAUUGAAGGAGCUCGGCAUUGAGCCCGCAAGAUCACGGAAAUACCUGCUCCACUGGCGCGAGAAGUUCCGCAAUGGCGAGUACGGCAUCGGCGGAGACUGCAAGCACGUCACCGACGGCGUCGCGGAGCUGAAGCUCAUGGAGGCCCCGGUUGGACCUCACCCCGUGCCCGGCAUGCACGCGCGUUCUGCCAUGUCUAGUGCGACACACGACCCCGGAACCCGGAAGGUCGUCGUCAAUGUGCCCGCGGGCUCUGAGGUGCCGACGGAGCCGAUCGAGUCUCUGAGCAGUGUGCAGGGCGUGGUAGUCAAGGGUGCGAAGACGCUGAAGGGUAGCUACAUUGAGCCAGUCAAGGGCACCGCCGGGCUGAAGGCGAGGAUACGGCUACAAGAGGGCAUCUGGGAAGUGAGGAGAGGACACAAGGUGGAUGGUGGUGAGAGACGAAAGGCCGAGGUGCGGGCCAAGAGGAGGGCUGCCGAGAACAAGGAGAAGGCCAGGUAGAAUGGCGUGUGUAAGAAAUGGCUGUAAAAUAGGGCAUGUUCGAGUAAAGAAAUUGUAUACUUCGCUACAUCAACAGGCAGGCGCGUUUACAAUGUUCCCCUGUCAUGUUCAGCUUUGAGGAGCGAUCGAUCGUGCGCGCCUUGUCACUCAUCAAUAUUCGAUCAUCCCAGUUAUCAUUCAGCUAUGCGUCAAUCAUUCCAUUCUUUCGCGCAUAAGCGGAGAUCAUAUCCAACGCCUGGAUAUCAAACAAAGCAAAACCCCGCUAGCGAGCGCUCCCUCCCCAUAUCAUACAUGGCUCCCCCAGAGUGUACUUCACUAAAGCCAGGUCACAAUUCCUAUCCGAACCCAACAAAACCCUGCUGUGCGAACACAUCCGGGUUCACAGCCGCGUUUGUGUUCGUAGUCGCAUUACUCCCAUUCCCGCCAUCAUUCAAGAACCAGCUCCAGUCCUGGUCAAUAUCCAUCGGCAUAUUCUGCCACGAGAAGUUGUUCGUCG